AUGGCAUCUAAACCGGGAGUUAGUGAUAUAAUUUAUGAACAUUCAACCAUUGAAGUCGCCUAUGAUGAUUGGUUUAACAAGCUAAUGGAAAUUAUUGAUUCUCAUAUUCCCAAAACCAAGCUGAGAGAUAUAAAUGCACCACCUUGGACUAACGGCCCAAUCAUGCAUCUUGUCAGAAAAAAGAAAAAAGCUAUAAUAACUAAUAGUACUUAUUAUCGUGAAAAAUAUCAAUCUCUUUGCCAACAAUGCAAGUCACUCAUUUGUUCCAACUACCAGGAGUACAUUGACUCUUUAAAUAUGUCUGAGAAAGAAUCCUAA